CGGCAGGGAGCGGCUCCUCGGUCCAUUGACACGGAGGACGGAGCAGCCUGGCGGUCACACAGGGCAGCGGGGAACAUGCUUUCCUUCUCUCAAAGAUUCCCUGGUAUUUAUUUGUAUAUAUAACCGCUGACAGCUCAACAUGGGGGCACCGCAGAGACUCGGGAACAUAUUUAAACAGCUCAGGAGCGUCUCUCAGCUGAGGGGGGCUCCGUUUACAACACACACUCUGCAUCCUGUCUGUCAACCUCAACACAAAUGGUUUGAAAACAGGGUUGAUGGUGAUAUAUGGAGGAGAAACCUCCACCUGACACCAAUAAGGCUGGAGAAAAGUGAGCUGACUGAAGCAGCGUAUGAGAAGCUGGCAGAGGACACGUUGGAUUCUCUCACAGAGUAUUUUGAGGACCUGACAGAUGAAGCUUUCACUGGAGCAGACUACGAUGUUGUCUUCUCUAGUGGCGUGUUGACAGUGAAGGUGGACAGAGAGCACGGCACCUACGUCAUCAACAAGCAGACUCCAAACAAACAGAUCUGGCUCUCCUCCCCCUCCAGUGGACCCAAGCGCUACGAUUGGACAGGUGCAUGCUGGGUGUACGCUCAUGAUGGUGUGAGCCUCCACCAGCUGCUUUCUAAGGAGUUUUCCAUCAUCUUCAAUAAAGACAUUGACCUGUCUCACCUGACAUAUUCCUGAGGAACACACCUGCACUGAAACUACUGCGACCCAUACAAACUACUGUGAGACAAAACGGGAGCCAAAGAUGCACAACUCCACAUUCACCCAUCACCAUUAGCCCUGAGGACAGCAGUUGUAUAUAAUGAGUAAUGUAUAUGUCCUAUAAUAAUGUAUUGUACAUUUGUAUUUCAUGGUGAUUUCAUUAAAUAUUUAAAAA